CCUCUGACUGCAGGCAGCUCACCGGCUGUCCUGACCUCCUCUGCUCCCCACUGCAUGCAUCCGAUGAAGUGAGCUGUAGCCCACGAAAGCUGAUGCUCAAAUAAAUUUGUUAGUCUCUAAGGUGCUGCAAGUCCUCCUGUUCUUUUUGCGGAUACAGACGAACCCAGCUGCUACUCUGAAACCGGCCUGGGAGUGGCGCUACCCUUCAUGGGCCGUGGAGUGGCUAGGGCCGUGGUUUUCGACGGGGGGCUCCGCAGACUGUGUCUGGUAUUUCCAAAGGGCUCCGCACUGCCCUGCGAAACUUUUCAGGGGCCCGCAAAUGAAGAAAGGUUGGAAACUGGUGCCCUGAGGGAUAGCGGGCUUCCCUUUGGUUAAGAGACGAGCAAGACACACAGAGAAACUUCUGGAGAAGCAGGCGUGGACGGGUCCAUGUCUGGCACCUAUGGAGGCUUUGACUGAUGCCCCGUUGGCUCCCCCCCACCCCCGCCCCGGGGAUGUCAUUGGCAUUGGGUUAUAACGCGAUGACGCCCCCGAGGUGCAUGUGCUUGUUGGGACCAGGCCGCAAACACGAGGCUGGCUGGCUACCCUAUCCAGCUCCCUAAGGCGCUUCUCCGACACUCAUCACGGCAGUGUCUGGGCGCUUCCCUGACUUCCUCUGGCCUCAUUCACUUCCUUCUGCACCGGGAGCGAGCAGCAGCAGCGAGCAGCAGCGGCGGGCGCCCCCAGCCGAGAAACACCCGGGUCACUGCGCCCCCCCCGCCGCCCCGAGAUAUGAGCCAGGGUUGCUGAAGUGGAGCCCAGGGAACGUGAGCCGGGAUGCAGAGCAUAAAGUGCGUCGUGGUGGGUGAUGGGGCGGUGGGGAAGACCUGCCUCUUGAUCUGCUACACCACCAACGCCUUCCCCAAGGAGUACAUCCCCACUGUCUUCGACAACUACAGCGCCCAGAACACAGUGGACGGCAGGACUAUUAACUUAAAUCUGUGGGACACGGCAGGCCAGGAGGAGUAUGACCGGCUCCGGACGCUUUCCUACCCCCAGACUAACGUCUUCAUCAUCUGCUUCUCAAUAGCCAGCCCGUCCUCAUACGAGAACGUGAAACACAAGUGGUACCCAGAGGUCUGCCACCACUGCCCCAAUGUGCCCAUCCUCCUCGUGGGCACCAAGAAGGAUCUGAGAAACAACCCCGACACCAUAAAGAAGCUAAAGGAGCAGAACCAGAUGCCCGUCACAACCCAGCAGGGGGUCAACCUCUCCAAGCAGAUCCACGCCGUCAAGUACAUGGAGUGCUCCGCCCUCAACCAGGAAGGCAUCAAGGAGGUCUUCACGGAGGCCGUGCGAGCCGUCCUCAACCCCGCCCCGGUGAAACCUAAAAAGCCCUGCAUCCUUUUGUGAAGAGGACUCCAGAAACCAAAGCAUGCGGCUGGGCUUGGUGGCCGCUUGGGGAGGGGGAGGGUGCCUUAGAACCCGGAGAUGAUCCUGCACUUGUCCCUCUGCACCCAGUGAAGCUAGUAUGUACAGCCCUUCUCACUCCAGACGCUUCCCAGCUGUCUGUCCCAGGACACGGCAAGGGACAUCCUGCCUCCAUUGUAUCCAGCGUGCCCCAACCCCACUCCCCAAGCCUUCUGUCCUUCCAGUGAAGGCGUGAUUGGACAGCUGGGUGCCACGAAACCAAGGCUGUUCUCGAUAAUAAUAAACCACGUUUGCACUAAUACAUAGAUUGUCUUGGAUCACAUUUUUGGGGGGGCGGGGUAACCCUGAUAUGUCAUUAGAUGGUUUCCCCUCCCCUUUGAUGUGAAGCCAAGGAGUCCCUGGUCCCAUCCUGUUCUCGGGACCUGGGUAUGUAGCUCACUCGGGGAUGAAUGGCUUCCACUUCUUGGUCAGCCAUUCAGACGGCCACUAAAAUGAAACCGCUGCACUGCAAACCCCUGUCCUGAGAAGCGAGUGCUCAGAUGGCAUCUGCAACCGCUUGCGCCAUCUCCUUGGCCUUUGGUCUUCCAAACCCAUCAGUUGCAGGGAUGGAAGGAAACCAGGAACCUUGUUCAGUGUUAAAACGCGCCUGCCCUCCAGGAGCUGUGGCUGCUUUGGUGGUUUGAUGGGGCACUGAGCCAUCCUGCAGGGCCGACAGAACUGGCGUAAUUGCUGAAUUACAGGUUGAAGCUCAUCAGCUGCCGAAGAAGCAAGUGCCCUGGGGUCCCUUUGUCAGGUUGAAGACCCGCCAGUGUUUCCACGGGAUUCACUUUUGAUUUGCCGGGAGAGGGAAUGACAGAAACUUGUUCUGAUUGUCUUCUCCUGGCUUCCUCGACAUUCCUUCUCCUCUGAGCCCCACACAGCCCUUCACUGAUAGAGACCACCUGGCAUGUUUGGAAAGGCUACCCCUGCAUGAAGAUGCUUUCGACAAAUCCCACCUGUUUACAAAGAGAAGGCAUUUGUGCUUACAUGGGAGGUGGGGGGGGGGGGGGCUGUACUUCUAUUUUUUUUCCAUGGAGUUUUUGUUUUCUUCUGAGAUGGCCCCAUUUGCAGAGACACAUUUUCAGAGCCGGAGGCUAAAACCGCGCUGGCUACACGCAUCCUCUUCCACGGCUAGAAUAAGGCGUCCUGCACCUCCCCGCGCAGGUCACCUCUUUGCAAAGAGCACCACGCUUUGCUGAGCACAGGUGCGUUUUGCUGCUUGCAUUGAGAUCAUGGACCGGUUCCUCCUCCUGCACCCAGCCACCUUUCUUAACGAGACCACGUGUCUUCUUCCCGGGGACCAGACCUGCCCAAACUGCUUCAGAAGCUACCUACUCUAUUGGUCUCCUGCUUAAUGAGCUGCAGCCUCUUCACCUAGUGUUUAUUUGAAAUGCGCAGGGGUGUGAAGACCAUGUGCCCAGCAGGGUGAUCUUGAAGACUUCAGUGAAGGCCUUCAGGGAAGUGUCUCUCCUCCUUCUUGUCCUAUUUCCCUCAGCUGCCCUUUGAAUCCUGCUGCGUCACAGUGCCACUUGUCCCAACUGAAACCUCUGCACAGUGCAGCCUGAAUCAGGGUGCCUGGUCCUGCCUUGCGUGCAGGGGACUGGACUAGAAGACCUCUCGAGGGCCUUUCCAGUCCUACCAGUCUAUGUUUCUAUGAUCAUCUCGCUGCUCCACGUUCUGAUUCAAGCUCAGCACUCAAACCUGGCCCGUUGAUCCAGCAGGUGCAAAGAAUUGUCACCAAACGUCACUAAAAGGAAAAGAGCCUCCGGGGGUCGGAAGGGGGGAUCAGUUUCAUCCAACUGAUAUGGAACGGCAGGGUAGCAAAAGGGAGAGUGGGGGUGAUUUUCUUUUUUGGAGGUGGCAACAGGACGCUGGGGAGAGGGAGCAGCUCGUGGGACAGCCUGGAACUCCAUGGGUCUCUCUAGGCACCAGGGUCUGUCUCCCCUCAUCCCUCCCGCCAGGUCUUUCGUGCCUUUGCAACGCUCACAGCUGACUGCCCUACCUGUGAUGCUCCCCCGGGGCGGGUGGAGGGGGCAGCACAGCCUGUCGGCCCCAGUGAUGGCUGAAUAAAGAUGCAAGAAACGACUGCCCAGCAGCGUGUCCCGUGAGGUCCUGACCAGGAGUACCCGGCCCCUUUAAGGUCAGAUAAGGAAGCUGAGACCAGUGGGAAUGUCCUCGAUGGUGGGGAAGCACUAUCAAAAUGCAUUUUCUGUCCCCCUAACCCAGGCUGUAAUACAAGCGGUCUGCUCCCUCUUUCACCCGAGGUCAAGCAGCUUCCAUGAGCUGAGGGCCAGGGAGUCCUGACUCCGGUCCUGAUAGUUCUGAUGGAAGGCGUGUUCAUUGCACCUGCCACGGCGGAGAAUUCAAGUGGUGCUGGCGGUGGGUUUCCACCAAACUUCUGCCCCCUUCCGUAGCGUGAAGCGGCAAAUAAUUAGCCCCAUCCAGCUAACGCAGCACUGACGAGCAUCCAGCGGGCUGAACCAGCCUUACCAUCGAUAGCGGCUGGAGGCCUGGGCAGUGUUAUCAGUGUGCACUCGGGGCCGUUCUCCUUUUGCUGCAGAUUCCAGAGGCUGGGGCCUCUGGUUCAGAUCCAUGGGCAGGGGCUUCCCAGAAACCAGCGUUUGCUCUGAAACCAUCUCGGUAAACUACUUCUACCACGAAGGGUGAGCUGAUGCCAAGGAAACCUCCAUCUCUCUUUCCAGGCAGGCUGCUGGUGGGAACCAAAGGCUUUGCGUGUGACCGUGAUGAGUCGGCGCACAGCACAAUAGCUCCAGAAGAGAAACUAAGAAAAGGAGGACUUGUGGCACCUUAGAGACUAACCAAUUUAUUUGAGCAUAAGCUUUCGUGAGCUACAGUGAGCUGUAGCUCACGAAAGCUUAUGCUCAAAUAAAUUGGUUAGUCUCUAAGGUGCCACAAGUCCUCCUUUUCUUUUUUGCGAAUACAGACUAACACGGCUGCUACUCUGAAACCUGUCAGAAGAGAAACUAGCUCGUAACAGGUCAGCGCUGGGCUUAGAACGCCAGCCUUCUGGUCCACCCCUGGAGAACGCGCCCCCUGAGCGAAGGAGAAUCCAGGUUCGCAGGACGAGCAUCGGCCCUCAUGCGCUCUGUAGGCUGCAGCCUCUAGGGGGUGGCAUGGCCAAAGAUGCUUGAGCAGGUCACGUGGCGCCCAGCAGAGCGGCGAUGGCCGGGCAGAUACAGUCCGCGCACUGCACAGUAUACAGAGUAGCUGACAGGUCCCAGGAAAGUAGCCCAAACAAUUGUGACAUCGCCUCAGUGGCAGCUGCCUUUGCUGGCUAACAUACCAGCGUGAAAGGCAAGUCCGAGCUCUGCGCGGGGGGAGCCGAGGAAAGGAGCUGCCCUUCGAGAGCAAGCUAACCGAUGGUGUAUAUGGCCCAGCUGGCAGCCAUUUCUGAGGGGGGCUGGGAGCAAAGCCCCAUUCCAGUCCCAGCGCCCUCUCUGACUUUCCCGCCGGCUCCCGCAAUCCAGGGCUCUCUCUUUAUUUUUGCUGACGUGUCUUUAAGGGCAAUUCUGUCUCUGUUUUUAAUACUUUUAUGAAACUGGAGCCUGGGUUGUAAAUGAAUCCCGCGUUGUACGGAGAGGAGAGUUGGGUCCUGUGGGAUCUGCUUAUUGAGAAGGAAAUAGAAACAACGGGGUCUUACUGCCGGGAGGGCCUUGUGGUGUUGCUUUAAUAAACAGAAUAUGUCAAGGC